AUCGCGAGUAUAUAAGCCCGUCACGGCUCAAGCCAGGCACCAUUCACCGCCACGCCAGACACUACACCACGUGCUCCUCUUUCCUCCCGGCGCUGCUCACCUGCCAAGACACAAGGAUGCCUUCCGCAGCCCUCACUACCAUCAGCCCUGGCAUCAUGACCCAGGUGGACCAGACACUCCGCACCCUGGGCUUUGACCUCACCAGUCUCGUCAAGACCUUCGACAUCAAGACAGUGGGACUCCUGACGCUGGUAGUGAUAGGGGCCAUCUUCCUCUUCGACCUCAUCCACUAUGGCUAUGCAGGCUACAUCGGCACCUCCUCCAGCUACACUUCCUACGGCCGCAGUCUUGUGACUGGCGCCGCCAAAGUAUGGGACCAGAGGGACCAGCUGGGACUCGCCUCAGGACUCCGCAACGGGCGUGACCUGGAUGCCAUGACACAGAUCCUUGACUCCAUCGCCGAUGCAAUCAUCAAGUAUGACGAGCUGGAGGAUAACGAAGUAGGACAGACCCGGCAGAGCAAGGACCUCUAAGGAUCCAACGCCGUGCCAUCCUGCAAAGGCCCCAGCGCAAGAAUGAGGGCUUUGUGUCCACCUGGCGCUCAUGCAUACACUGCCUCUCACCCUAACCUUGUACCACAGGUAGCAAUGCGGACAAGUCUUAUAGGAGCAUACGAGGCAUUUUAUAAACUUUAAUCAGUAAUGAUAAUACACAGCCUGUCUCUAUAUUGAUAAAAUCCAAUUUCUUCGAAAAUCUUCUCAAUUCCACUUAAAGUAUAAAUAUUAAAGAACUUAUAGACCCUAACCAGUUCGAAAUUCCAGACGAAAUCGUUUAUUUCUUUAUUGCCUAACGAAGAAAAUCAAUUGAUAAGAACGUAAGAAAAAUUGCAAGAGCUCAAUAGGCCAGUCCCAGUUUGAGACAUUACAUAUGUUAUCAGAUAACACAAAUGUUAAGAAGUUGCUAACUGAAGAAUGAAGGAGGAUGGUAGGUAUGGUCAGCCCUGGAGCUUUGUCUCAAUAACUGCAUUACAACAGCAUCAAAGGAUCUCUAUCUACAUGUUUGUCUCUCAUCUAGGAAGGUGAUGUCCUUUCGGUGUGAGUCUAUCUUGCUGGCAAAGAUGACACAUCAAGAUACUUCACCUUACUUUUAGUGUUUCUGUAUCUAUUAUCAUUGAUACUUAAAGCGUAUUUAUGUAUUUUCUUAACAAAUAAAAAUAUUGAUUUUUAUAUGA